AUGGCCUCUAUUCGCGUUCUUUCCUUCGAUGCUGAGGGCCGUCCCGUGCAGUUCACUUCCUGGCUCGACGACCUGCAGUUGUAUCUUAUGAGCAAUAGCACGGACCACAUCUCCCUCUAUGACUACGCGUCUGGUGCUGCCGCUGCUCCUGCUGCCACAGCCGAGCUUAGUGUACGUUCACAGUGGCAGACUCGUGACGCUGCAGCUCGCCUGGCUAUUCGCAGUCACCUGCCGUUAGCUGAGCUAGAGCACUUUGGCGACUGCAAAACCGCUAAGGCCCUGUACGACGCUGUCGUUGCUCGCUACUCCUCACCUGCCACAGCCGAGCUUAGCCGUCUCAUGCUGCCUUACCUGUUCCCUGACCUGUCCACCUUUGCUACAGUCGCCGAUCUUAUCACCCACCUUCGCACUAGUGAUGCUCGCCUGCGUGCCGCCCUUCCCACCGAGUUCUGCGCUAAGAACCCCCCUCCCCUGUACUGGGCACUCCACUUCAUAGUCACCCGUCUCCCUGACACCCUCAGCUCAGUGCGCGACUAUUUCCUUGCUCGCUGUCCCACUGAGCUCACAGUCGCCCUCCUAGAGGAGAAGCUGCUAGCAGCCGAGAAGAGCAUUGUAGCUGGCAAGGGGGGCAAGGGUGGCGGGGGUGGCGCUGGGGGGGGAGGGGGUGGGGGAGGUGGGGGGGGAGGCGGUGCUGGAGGGAGCGGUGGCGGGAGUGCCGGUGGGAGUGGGGCCGGCGGCGGAGGCGGGGGCGGCGGCGGGAGCAGUGGCGGUGGUGGCAGCGGCGGCAGUGGCGGCGGUGGCGGUAGUGGCGGUGGCGGUGGCGGUGGUGGCGGUCGGAGCGGAGGUAGUGGCGGCGGUGGAGGUCGGAGUGGAGGCACCGGCUCGGGCCAGAGCUCCCAGCAGCAGCAGCGUCCCCAGUCGACCCAGCAGCUUCGUGAGUGGCUUGCUCAGCGUGGGACGUCGGGGGGCAGUGGCCGCUGUUCCUAUGUCAUUCGCACAGGUGAUCGCAAGGGGCAGACGUGUGGAAAGUUCCACACUCAGUACCGCUGCUUCUUCCGCCUUGACGACGCUUGGCGUGAGGAGAUGGGCGAGGAUGUUGAGCGCCCUCGCUGGGCUGAGCUGAUGAGGGCUGGUGUUGAUAUCUUUGCUCUUGACUAUGAUGCUAUUAUUGCUGCCAUGUAUGCAUUGACUGUUAGUGCCGAGGGAGACUGUUACUUGUGUGUGCCGCCUGACCCAGGUAUAGGGCCCGCUGCCCUAGGUACUAGUGAGUCUGCUCUCUCUGGUAUGGUGCCCCCUGUACCUGCUCCCUCCAGCACUGUCCCUGCUGCUUGCGAGUCUGCUCUCUCAGGUACAGCACCCACAGAGACUGCUCUCUCAGUCCUUGCCCAGUCCACCACUGUGCUCCCUUGUCCGGCGGUUCCGUCUGGCUCGUUGACGGGUUUCCACCUCCCCUCGUUCUCGACGAACCUGGUGAGCAACGCUGUCAUCCAGGAUCAGUGGGUUGACACCUUUACCCCUGGAGGACAGCGUGUGGCGAUCUGCACGUGCUCCAGGACCGGCCGUCACCUGGCUACGUUUACUCGUCGGCCGGGGUCGAGUCUCUACACACUGACCACUGCGUCUCCUCAGGUCGCUGCUGUCGGUCAGGUGUCCGCGUCAGGUCUGGUGGCCCACGCCUCCCGCGUUCGUGGCCAGGGCGGUGAGCGGUACUUUUUGCUGGUUGUCGACGACUACUCGCGUUACACCACGGUCUUCCCCUUGCGCACCAAGGGUGAGGUCCCUGCUGUUCUGAUCCCUUGGAUCCGCACAGUUCGUCUCCAGCUCCGCCGCCGUUUCCGGACGGAUCUUCCUGUCCUGCGUCUGCACUCUGACAGAGGUGGUGAGUUUUCCUCCGACCUCUUGAGGACCUUCUGUCAGGCGGAGGGCAUCGAGCAGACCUUCACGCUUCCGGACUCCCCACAGCAGAAUGGGGUUGCUGAGCGCCGCAUUGGCCUGGUCAUGGAGGUCGCUCGUACCUCCUUGGUCCACGCGGCGGCUCCCCAUUUUCUGUGGCCGUUUGCUGUCCGGUACGCCGCGCAUCAGCUCAACCUCUGGCCCCGUGUCUCCUUGACUGGAAUGAUUGAACUAUGA